CGCACUGGCGCUGGCCACCGCACUCCCGCACGUAUGCCGUCGUGUUGCCAAAACGUUGGCCAAAACGACCAAGUUGUACGGAUUGUACUCAUAUGCUGUACUCGCUCCGUCCGCUUGACGGAGUGCACGGUCUGCGUCAAAGUCACGGUGGUCCAAGCUUUUCGAGCUUGUUGACGUCACAGUUGCGUUCAAAUUCAGAUACGUUUGUGCGUCUGUGUGCGUUCGUCUAGUGCGCGCAUUUCGUGUGCGGGUCGUGCGGGUGCUUUGGUGCGUUUGCCAUGGAUGCCACGGAAGAAGGAAAUGCGCCCUUAAGGCCACACCGGAAAUGCGCUGAUUAUGUUGCAGUACGGCGACUUUCCCAAGAGGCCAUCAGUGGCAUGUUGGAUGACCUUUCCGACAGCAUGGACGACCCUGAUGACCCUGACUUCAUGUUGGAGCCUGACGGCCACCACAACAAGGUACAGCGCACACCGAAUAAGAGGUUACGUCGGCCUUCUUCGGGCAGCUCAAGCACGUCUAAUGACUCCGACUUAUCAGCCAAACCACCCAAGAAGGCUGCCGUCCCACUCAAGCAAGUUGGAAAACCGUGUUCGGGGACCAUAAUCACAGUGGUGAAGCCUGGCUUCAAUUUGAUGGAAGAUGCAAACGUCACACAGCAUACGCCCACCACUCAUGGGACCAGGUACAUCUGCUGUGUACGGAACUGUGCCUCGCGGGGCUUGAGCAACCUGGACGGCCUGUGGUUGUUUCCACUUCCCCAGGACGACGAGACUCGUCGACUGUGGACUGAGGAGCUUCCCAUUGACCUGGAAGGAAACCGUCCUGCCAGCCCCCGUGUGUGUUUUCGGCACUUUGAGAGCUCCAAGUUUGUGCGACGUCAACAGCGCUUGCUGGGUCUCCAGAAGGGCGCGGUUCCGUCUGCUACAGCUGGUGUAGCACAUCCAAGUGCGCCUAGCAACAGCUCCAAAAAUGCCAGAAGGAGCACUCCGGGGGAUGCCGCAAGGGCCUCGCAAUCUAUUAGACCUAAAAGCGUUGUGAAACAGUCCUCUGCUUUGCAGCCGUCGAGAAUGAUGUUAGCCAGACCAUUAGCAGAGCCAGAUAUUAAAGGUCCACCGAUUCCAGCGUCGCCACCAAUUGUGGGAAGCGUUGCGGCAAGCUCGGCUUCAUUGAGCGCUCAACCUAGCCAAGUAAAAAAUGAGAUUUUCAUCGAUCUCACGUCGGACGAGAUAACAACUGACGUUGAGGGUGACAUUGGGAAGUCCCAGUUAGCUGAGAUGUUGCGUGAAACACCAAAAGAGGAAGCUUCCACCAACAUGUCUCAUGCCGGGCAGUUGUCACUGUCAGCAAAUGGGACAGGACCAUCUGGAAGCAUGGAUGGCAUGGGUGAAGAGAGCUACGAGCUCACGCUGGAAGAUAUCGAAGAAGAGCUGCCCUGGGUAGUCCCCGACAUGCACUGGGAUUCUGACCUGAAGGACGACCGGCUACACCUGGUAUGGAACAACUCACCCGACCGGGAAAGCAGCAAAAAAGUCAUUCUCGAAAAGGACCUGCGAGUGAGUGUGUACGUUGGCAAAAAGCAAGUGGUAUUGGGCGUGCAAAAGAUCACAACCAUCGCGAGUCUCAAGCAGCUUUUUACAGAACUUGGCAAGAUGUAGGUGGUUGGCCGUCUCAAGCGUCAGCUCUCACGUGCGCGUGUUUUCAUUGUUUUCUAUUCAUUCCCUACCUGUUGGAAAAUAUUCCUCGGUGGGGCGCAGUUUCAUAAAGCUUUUGCCGGCGAGACUUCCGGGAACUUUUUUAUGUACCGCUAUCUUUCUUGCUACUGCCUUCAUGUUGUAUGUUCUCGUGAGUGCUCACAUUUUUUUAGUGGCGUGAACCGAGGAAUUGGAGGCACGAGCACGUGCUUUGGAAAGUUCUUGAGACGACAUGAUGUGCACCUGCGUCCCGUGUUAACAGCGUAACGAUCUGUACAGACAGUUGCUUUGUACAUACAUUUCUGGUUGUUACCUUUCAGAUGCAGUACUAGUUAUUCAGGUGGACUUGAAUCUAUUACAACUCUGAAAAAACAGUCAAUGCAAAGUUAAGUUGACAAACUUGCUUUGUACAAGUAUAGAUAACUAAUCCUUGGUGCAGAGCACGUGAGAAUUUAUUGUCAAAACUGGCUCCAUUUGUGUUGAAUUUUUUUUUUAAGCAAAAGUCUGUUUUCUUUUAAAUAUUGUAUCUGGUGUGCUUUGACAUGUGUGUUUGUGUUAAUUUUAUUGAGGACCAGGUGUCUUAGUCUUUCAGUUUAAUUGUACAUAUCUCAUCAUGUUGUCACCAUCAUUGCCUUUGUAUUUAUUGAUAGUCAAGUUCACUUUAUGUAUAUAUAUAUACAUGAUUUGCAAGCAGCUGGACGUGAAGCCAAUAAAAAGGUUUCUUGCGUCCCUCCAUGCAUAUGCUUGUGU